UCUUUAUUUUAUUUUUAGAUUUGAAAAUUACACAAUUUAUUGUUUCUUAUCCGAAGUCUCAUAAAAUAUUUGAGACAUAAAAGACACAGAGCAAUACAAGCUAUGCUAGUUGCUGUUAUUAAUCUACAUUAAUUUAGAACAUACAAUUGAGUCAAAUGGACAUUCCGAAAAGUAAAAGUGAUAAAAGAACAUAAAAUGGAUUAUUUCCAUGUUUGUUUAUUUACUUUUUUCACUUGGAAGUCAAUAUAUGGUUCUAUCUCAAUUGUGGGAUAUGGAUCGCUACAAUUAAAUUCGCCUUUCGUAUUGGCAUGUUAUAUACCCUCCUUUAAUAACAGUGGAGCAACAUGGAGUAAUACUAACUUGUCGUCAAAUACAUGUGACAGUAAUGGUUUUUGUCAAAAACCUACUGUAGGCAACUCCAAUUUUUCAGCAAAUGAGUCUGGCAUUUUUGUGGAAAUAGACCCACUAUUAGAGAAAGAUGAUAACAUAAAAUGGACGUGCUUUUAUGAUUCUAAAAACAUUUCGUAUACAGUUGAAAUCGGUUCAUCAAAUCCAACUGGUCAGAAAGAGUCAGAAACCUCCAAUGGUGGACUGAUAGCUGGCAUAGUAGUUGGCUGCGUUUUAUUGGUAGUAAUAAUUGCAAUACUGUGGUAUGCGCGAGAAAAAAAUACAUUUUGCUUUUCAUAA